AUGUUUCGUCUUCCUAUGCUAAAACUUUCGUUCGUUCGUUCGAUGUAAUAUACCUACAUCGUCAGAAGUGUUCUUUGAUUGUUAUCUUGGAUUAAAAAUAAUUGUAUUGUGCUAAUUAUAGAGCUGAGCUCAAGAGUAUUUGUGAUAUUGCUUCGCAAACAUAUGGUCUCGCGCAGUGAAUUAUUAAAAUACCAAUAAAAUAUGAAACAUUGUAUCGCAUAGAAACCCAUAUUAUACCGUGCGUUGCAGGAUAAAGUGUCUGUUUUAUUCUAUGCGGACAGUCUAUUGGGAAUUGUAACACUUUCUUAUAUCGGGCAACUUAAUUUUACUACGAUGAAAACUCAACUACGUAAAGUCCUGUAAUUUGUGAUAAGAUAAAUUUAUUUUCAGCGAAUUGUUGCGUCUCAAUAUCGGCGAGUUGAUGUAGAAGUGAUUUUUUUUUUACUUCAAAAUAUGCUGUCGAGUUUUUUAUUAAGUGCCUUAAUUUUAUGAAUUUAGAAAACAAAUUAUAUUAAAGAAAAUCAUAAAAAGUAUCUUGAAAAUUAAAUAAACGUGAAGUGAUGAAUAAAAUAAUUAUGUAUAAAGUGAGAUGAUUUUAACUGCAUAAUGUUGAGGAAAUACAUCAACUCACCAGUAUCAAUUGGAUUAGGAUUUACGUUGCUUUGGCUAAUAAACGCUACGGAUGCAUAUAUGAACUACACAGCUAAGCCUCGAGUAGUACUUCCUCACAACUAUGUUAAGGAAAUUCGUCCUCCUUCUAGAAAAGGCGCACCAGUGAUAGUGGAUUUUAGCAUAUUUGUUGUAGAUAUUAACUCAAUCAAUGUAGAGGACAUGGACUUUAGAGUAGAUAUGUUUGUACACCAGAGAUGGAUGGAAUCUCGCCUAGACAUAUCAGAUGAUAUUUUUGAAGAAGGUGAUGACUAUGUGACACUUCUUCCGGAGUUUUUUGAUAAUCUUUGGCAACCAGAUCCUUAUUUUUUAAAUUCGAAAAUAGCAGAAAUCGCGACCCUAACACAUAAAUUUACAUCUGUUACUCUCUACAAAAAUAAAACAAUUCGAUAUGCAGCUCGUAUGCAUGCAAUUAUCGCGUGUCAAAUGGAAUUUCAGCUUUAUCCAAUGGAUAUACAAGUUUGUCCCAUUUACAUUGAGAGCUUUUCUUACAGCAAUCAAAAAGUUAAACUCCGAUGGUCAGAUUCUGGUGUUACUUUAAAUCCUGAAUUAAAGCUUCUGCAAUACAACUUAGGACAACCAUUGGAAACGGAAGAGAGCGAUGGUUAUAUGCCUGAAAAGGUGGGAAAUUUUUCCCGGCUAACUGUGUAUUUUCGAUUUGAGCGACAAAUAGGACAUCAUUUAAUACAAACAUUUGCUCCUUCAUCAUUGGUUGUAAUGCUUUCAUGGUUCAGUUUUUGGCUUGGAUUGGAUGCAAUACCGGGAAGAGUAACAUUGCUGGUAACAUGUAUGUUGACAUUGGUAACAAUGUUUACGGGACUGAGGGCGGAUAUACCACCAGUUGCCUAUGUUAAGGCACUUGACUUAUGGAUGGCUGGUUGUAUGGUGUCUGUUUUUGCUGCACUAGCAGAAUUUGUUGUUGUUAAAGUUUUAGAGGUUCAGUAUCAAUAUCAAAUCAAUAAAGUGCCUAAAGUUCUUCCAAUGCGAAUAAGCGCAAUGGAAAAAGGUCAAUGUGCAACGGUCGCCAACUGGGAGAGCGGAGCAGUUCGAUCCCGAAAGGCUACACAAACUCCAACAACCCCGGGACAGACUUCAUUGCAAGGGAACGGUGGACCACCGAAAACUGCGCGACGGCAAAGCUUAUUGUCAGUGGCAUGGACGGACAUAGACACUGGCGUGGAAAAGAUAAUGUGGCGGGAAAUAGACAAAGUUUCGCGGGCAGUAUUUCCAAUUCUAUUUUUUGUUUUCGUUUUAUUGUAUUGGCCGAUAUUAUUGUUGAAAUCGUCCUAGGAUUUAGGGAGCUCCAGAAUAUCACUUUCUGGACUCCAAUAACAAUGGAAUGAAAAUAAAUGUUUUCUAAAAAGUAAAUUUUAUCAAAUAAAAAUUUAUAUGGAAUAAUUUUCACCUCGCUCAAACAAAAAAUAAAAAAAAAACUUAAAUAUUACUAAAAGUGAAGAUAUAUAUUUUAAGGAUGUACACAUAAAUACUAAAUUAAAAUCAAACAACUUAUAGUGUUAAAAACAAGAA